AUGGACGAACACCGUGAGAGGGGAAUAAUACGAAGGCUCGCAGGCACAACUUCGUCGAUCGACCGUGAGAAGGUUCAUAUCCGGGGUUCGACUAGACCGAAGAACAAAGGGAGAAGCAGCGAGGCAGUUGUGACCUCGGACGAGAAGAAAGAGACGAAGCAGUGGGGAAAGGGGAUUUUAGUGUUGCUUCAUCGAUCUGCUACAGUCGUUGAUGAGGGAAGGCAGGGGCGAUCAUCUCCGGUGGUGCUUCUAGGUGUGCACUGGCCAAUCAGGAAGAAGAAAGGGGAAGGCAUCAACGAUUUACAGAGGGUGUUUGGUGGUACUCGACAGGAAAGAAGGAAGAAAAGAGGUUACUUCCUUGUUUCCACCGGAAAUCAACACACCUCAGAUGUGUUUCUUGGCAGCAAUUUGGAGAAUGAAGCAAAAGAAGGGAAAGGAGAGGUAUUGCCUCUUUCUCCUGUGAUCCGAAGGGUUGUAGACGGUGGCAGCCACCGGUUCUUCUUCCCUUGCCGGUGGUAUCCAAGAACAUGA